AUGAACAGCUAUCAAUGGAGCUCCACUCGAUCUAAACCUGCGAAAUCUACUGGAAUUUAUAGUCUUGAUGUAGUAACAUCCUUGGCAAUGCAAGUUGAAGCCUUAGGGAAGAAGAUUGAUGGUUUAUCUGUUAACCAUCCAGUUGCUCCGAUGAUGAGAUGUGAUAUUUGUGGAGGAGGCCACCCUAAUCAUGAGUGUCGAGCUACUCAAGAAGAACAUGCUAAUGUGAUAGGAAACAGACCACCUUACCAGAAUUAUAAUGGCAUGAAUAAUCUGGACUGGAGAAAUUAUGCAAACCCACUAUGGAACAACGACCAACAGCCAAUGCGGAACAACACACUCUCAGGAUUUCAACAAGCUUCACAUCCACCGCCACCCCAGCUGAAAAGAAGUCAAUACAGUAACAUUAAGGAGUGGCAGAACAUUACAAGAGAAAGGAAGCAAGAAAUAGAAAAAGAUGCAGUUGAAGAGCAGGAUAAAUGUCAAGAGGAGAUUGUGGAAAAGCCCCAUGUAGUGAAAGAAUUCACACCCCCACUUCCCUACCCAGCAAGAUUGAAGAAAGGCAAGGAUGAUGAACAAUUUGGUAAUUUUCUGUCCAUAUUUCGUCAACUUCAUAUUAAUUUACCGUUUGUUGAUGCCUUGGCACAAAUUCCUAAGUACGCCAAAUUUCUGAAGGAUCUACUGUCCAAUAAGAAGAAAUUGGAGGAGUUGGCUAUAGUAACUCUGAAUAAAGAAUGCUCAACAAUUCUGCAAAAUAAGAUGCCUGAAAAAUUAAAGGAUCCAGGGAGUUUUACUCUUCCUUGUCUCAUUGGUAGAUUGAUAGUUUAUAGGGCUUUAGCUGAUUUAGGUGCUAGCAUUAAUUUGAUGUCAUAUUCUGUUUUUAAGAAAUUGGGUUUAGGGGAACCUAGGCCAACUAGGAUGAGUAUUCAACUAGCUGAUAGGUCAAUUAAAUAUCCUACAGGUAUCAUUGAGGAUGUGCUUGUAAAAGUGGAUAAAUUUAUUUUUCCUGUUGAUUUUGUGAUUCUUGAUAUGGACGAGGACACUGAUGUCCCCUUGAUCUUAGGUUGUCCAUUUUUAGCUACUGCAGGGGCUAUAAUUGAUGUGAGGGAUGGAAAGUUAAUUUUGAGAGAAUUCUUGAUUUUAAACUCAUUGAAAAAAAGCUUAGUUCAUGAAGGAGGAAAAGAUGAUAUGAGCUUGCUAACUCAAGAACAGUGGUGUCAUUUAGAAGCCACUAAGCCAUUAUGGAGAAAGAGGGACUUCAAAGUUUUGGAGUAG